UAUUUAGGUGUUUAGUUGUUCUUGGCAUCCAUCAUGCACAUAUUUAGCUACUGGAGCUGCAGAUGGUAUUGUUGGUGUUUGGUCCAUGGAUACUGAUCAUAGUGACAUGAUGGUGCUGGACCAUAGCUUGGAUGUGGGUGUUAAGAAUCAAUCUGCUGAUAUAACUAGCAUAUGUUGGCAUCCAGAUGGACAUUAUCUUGCCACAACAUCAGCAUUAGAUUAUAGUGUAAGAAUCUGGGAAAAAGCUGGGAACUUUGUCACAUCAUUGGCAGGACACAAUGAUUUGGUACUAACAUUAAAGUGGAACAAGGCAGGAAACUUUCUGCUUAGUGCAAGUUUGGAUAAGAAAUGUAUCACAUGGAAAACUGAAAACUGGCAAAAUCUCCAAGAAUUUCAGUGCCAUACAGGUCCAAUUGUAGACACUGACUGGCAAAGCAACGUAAUUUUUGCCAGUUGUUCGACUGAUGGCACGAUAUGUGUUUCCCAAGUUGGUAGUGAAGAUGCUGUCAAAAAUUAUAUUGGACACACAGACGUAAUCAAUAGUAUAGAGUGGGAUCCUUCUGGUACAAUUCUUGCUUCCUGUUCUGAUGAUAGAUUGAUAAAACUUUGGAACCUGAAACAGACUAGGGCGCUUUGUGAUUUAUCUGGACAUACUAAAGAAGUAACUCAAGUUAGAUGGAGCUCAAAGCGGCUUUUAGCGAGUGCGAGCUAUGAUACAAGUGUUAGAGUUUGGGAUGCUGAGCACGCAGUAUGCUUGUAUACGUUGACGCGGCAUGUAGAACCCGUUAACUCGAUAUCCUUUCAUCCGGAUGGAACCUAUUUAGUAUCCGCAUCUCUAGACGGCUAUAUAAAUAUAUGGGAAUUACAGACUGGAAAUUUUAUAGUUUCCAAAGCGAGCAGUGCAGGUGUAUUUGAAGCUUGUUGGAGUCCAAAUGGUUUAUAUAUAAGUAUGUGUAUGGCAGACAAAGCUGUGAGUAAUAUUUGGAUAUUUGGACACUAUAUUUUGAAAAGAAAAUCUAUUAAAAGAGUGAUCAAUACGAAAAGUGUAGAGUUGAUAUUCAUUCGUUUAUUUACAAGAUAAAAAUAUGUACAUAACUCUGAGUUUCACGCUGAGCGAUCAUCAGACGUACACUAACUUAAAAAAAUAUAUCAAUGUCUUAUACGAAAGUAAUAAAAUAAAAUCUAAUUAAGUCAAGUCUGGUGGGAUCGUUAUAAUGUUUUUCAAGAAGUACUUGUUUACAUGACGGCAAGUAGAAACCAGUUCCGUUCUUUUAUUUAAUAGUUUUAAGUUAGAUGUGAUGAUAUGGUACUUCUCCGUAAGACAAAGGUUGCAUGUGUUUCCACCAUUUUUAUAAGGAGAGGCAUAGUUUCUUCAAAUGCCACACGUGUUUAGACAGUUCUGUGAAGUUUGCCUUCUUUUCGUAUCUAAAUGUGUGUAUAUGUGGUUGUAACAGGACUUGAAUGUACUUGAAUGUAUUCUAUACUGGGAGUCAUGUACUUAUUUUAAUUUUUAUCUUGUAAAUAAACGAUUGUAUAUUUGGACACUACAAUGUUUAGUUGGCGUUUAGAACAAGCAAAAAGUGUUUAAGAUCGACGCCUUUUCUACUACUGCUACUCUGAGAAACCAAGGUUCCUUAAGUCAUAACUUGCAACCACAAUUCCAUUUGUCUCAGUCUUACAUUUGAAAAAAGUUGUGGGCAUUAUUACGGUGAAUCAAAACAACAUGCUG